UGGAAUAUUCAAACUACAAAUCCUAAUUGAACAGCAUAAAACAAGGUUGCAAAUGUUGACAAGUAUUUUGCAUCUGAACCAGAACUAGUUUCGCAUGCAAUAAAUUAACCGCCUUCUUCUUCAUUCUUUGCAAACUCCGUUCAAAUUGCAGAACCAGUUUCUUGAUCGUUAAGCUUUUGAGAAAAUCAUGUUAUAUUAAUAUAUAAGCGAUGAUGAUCCGUAGUUUAGAAAGGAAUUAAAGGAAUGAGCAGUGUGCACAUUGAAGUUUCUUGGCAAUUUCGUUAGUGUGCUGCAUGCCUACUAUAAGAAGACUUGCAGGCUAGCCUAUUGAAUGAAGUCUUACUCUUUCUGUAUCCCAAUUUUGAAUAAUAGUAAUAAUGUCGAGCAAACUGAAAUAUUCCUCCAAGGCUGCUUACUAUGGUAGUGGAAUUCAGUCAGUGCUGCUGGCUAUCAGCACUUCCCCUCUCACCAAAUCUCAGAGGAAAUGGAGGGUUGCUUGCAUUGUCAUAUACGUGUCCUUGUCCAUGGCCAAACGCGUUGUUUCGCGUAAGGGGAAGAAGCUCAGCACCCCUCUUCUUCCUCCUCCUCACACUAGUAUCCUUGAAAUCAAGGCUGUUCUUGAUGAUGUUGAAGAUGGUCAAGUGAUGGAUCAGAAAAGGCUUGCAGAAAUGGUCAAGGCCAAGAAGCUGGACGGCUUUGGCGGCAUUGCAGCCAUAGCCAAGCUUCUUGCGACCAACACAGAGAGCGGCAUCAAUGGAGACGAGGAGGAGUUGACGAGGCGUCGUGUGGCCUUCGGGUCCAACACGUACGAGAGGGCGAAGCCCAAGGGGCUCAUCCAUUUCGUGGUGGAGGCGUUUAGGGACACCACCAUUCUCAUCUUACUGGCCUGCGCAGCUCUCUCGCUGGCCUUUGGCAUCCGUGAGCACGGCGGCAAGGAGGGGUGGUACGAGGGCGGGAGCAUCUUCGUGGCCGUGUUCCUGGUGGUGGCAGUCUCCGCAGCCAGCAACUUCCGGCAGGAGAGGCAGUUCGACAAGCUGUCCAAGAUCAGCAACAACAUCAAGAUUGGUGUGGUGAGGCAGGGGAGGAGGCAGCACGUGUCCAUCUUCGAUGCCGUGGUUGGCGAUGUGGUGUUCCUCAACACCGGCGAUCAGGUCCCCGCGGACGGGGUGUUCGUGGACGGGCACUCGUUCCAGGUGGACGAGUCGAGCAUGACGGGGGAGAGCGAGCACGUGGAGGUGGACUCAAGGCGAAACCCCUUCCUGCUGUCCGGAUCCAAGGUUGCCGAUGGAUAUGGUAAGAUGGUGGUGGUGUCGGUGGGGAUGGACACCGCGUGGGGCGAGAUGAUGAGCUCCAUAACGCGCGAUUCCAACGAGCAGACGCCGCUCCAGGAGCGCCUCAACAGGCUCACCUCCACCAUUGGGAAGCUCGGCCUUGCAGUCGCCUUCUUCGUGCUCCUCGUCAUGCUCGUCCGUUACUUCACGGGAAACACGCAGGAUGAGAAUGGCCGCAAGGAGUUCAAUGGAGUCGACACGGACUUGAACGACAACUUCAACUCCGUUUUGAGGAUCGUCUCAGCUGCAGUCACCAUUGUGGUGGUGGCCAUACCGGAGGGGCUGCCGUUGGCAGUCACACUCACACUUGCUUACUCCAUGAAACGGAUGAUGGCGGAUCAAGCAAUGGUCAGGAAACUCUCUGCUUGUGAGACCAUGGGAUCAGCAACAGUCAUCUGCACAGACAAAACUGGGACUUUGACACUCAAUCAGAUGAAGGUCACCAAAUUCUGCCUAGGAGGCCACGAUAUUCGGCAAGAUUCCAUCGCCCCAAAUCUUCUUCAGCUCUUCUAUCAAGGAGUUGCUUUCAACACUACUGGCAGCAUAUAUAAGCCUAAAUCAGCAAGUGCUGUUGAGUAUUCCGGCAGUCCAACUGAGAAGGCUAUCCUCUCUUGGGCUGUUGAAGAUUUGGGCAUGGAUGUUGAGAAGCUGAAGCAGAGCUACACAGUGCUCCACGUCGAGACCUUCAACUCAGACAAGAAACGGAGCGGGGUUUCACUGAGGAACGACGUCCAAAACUGCAGCUACGUGCAUUGGAAAGGAGCUGCAGAGAUGGUGUUAGCAAUGUGUUCGAAUUACUACCAACACACGGGAGAAAUGAAGGCCAUGAGCAAGGAGAAGAUGAGCGAAUUCGAGAAUAUCAUACAAGGAAUGGCAGCAAGCAGCCUCAGAUGUAUUGCAUUUGCUUGCAAGCAAAUAGAAUAUGAAAAAGAAUCAUCCACAUCGAAUGAAAUCACUCUCUCCCAAAAAACUCUAACCGAAGAAAAUCUAACACUGCUUGGCAUAGUUGGGAUGAAGGAUCCAUGCAGAAGUGGUGCAAAGAAGGCGAUUGAAUCCUGCAGAUUUGCAGGAGUGGACAUCAAGAUGAUAACCGGGGACAACAUAUUCACGGCCAAGGCCAUAGCCACGGAAUGUGGGAUACUCGACCCAAACCAGCACGUUGCAAACGGGGAAGUAGUGGAAGGCAUUGAGUUCAGAAACUACACAGACGAAGAGAGAAGGGUGAAGAUCAAGAAGAUCCGAGUAAUGGCAAGAUCCUCCCCUCUGGACAAGCUUCUGAUGGUGAGGUGCCUGAAACAAGCAGGGGAGGUGGUGGCAGUGACGGGAGAUGGAACAAACGACGCCCCUGCAUUGAAGGAAGCCGAUGUAGGGCUAUCAAUGGGGAUCCAAGGCACGGAGGUGGCCAAGGAGAGCUCAGACAUUGUGAUCCUAGACGACAACUUCUCCUCAGUGGCCACGGUGUUGCUGUGGGGGCGGUGCGUCUACAACAACAUACAGAAGUUCAUCCAGUUCCAGCUGACGGUGAACAUUGCAGCAUUAGUCAUCAACUUCAUAGCUGCAGUCUCAGCAGGGGAUGUGCCCCUCACUGCUGUGCAGCUGCUGUGGGUUAACCUCAUCAUGGACACCUUGGGCGCUCUCGCCUUGGCCACGGAGCGCCCCACAAAGGAGCUCAUGCACCGGCCCCCCGUGGGCCGCACUCAGCCCCUCAUCACUAACAUCAUGUGGAGGAACCUGCUGCCUCAGGCCCUCUACCAGAUAUCCAUUCUCUUGAUCUUGCAGUUCAGAGGCAGGCAGAUCUUCCAGGUAAAUCAGCAGGUAAAGAACACUCUCAUAUUCAAUACUUUUGUGCUUUGCCAGAUUUUCAAUGAGUUUAACUCGAGGAAUUUGGAGAAGAAGAAUGUGUUUAAAGGGAUUCAUAGGAAUAAGCUGUUUGUUGGGAUCAUUGCUGUCACUAUUGUGCUGCAGUUUGUGAUGGUGGAAUUCCUCAAGAAGUUUGCUGAUACAGUUAGUUUGAGUUUGGGGCAAUGGGGGAUUUGUGUUGUCAUUGCAGCUGUCACAUGGCCUAUUGGUUGGCUCAUGAAGUUUGUGCCUGUCACAGACAAACCAUUCCUAGAUUACUUAAACUUGUUUUAGUUUGUUUUAGUGGUAGAGCUUCCUCUCUUCUAAAUUAUUUUUUCAUUUUCUAUUCCCGUAUAACCAACAUACGCCACAUACAUAUUGAUGAUAUCAUUUAUGUACGUGACAUGUAUUGGUUAUAAGAGAGAAGAAGAUGAAAAAUGGAUUUAUAAUAGAGGAUUUCUUUUUCGAUUAGUAACUUGUGCGUGUAAUAUUGUAAUGAAUUCUAGUUAUUAAAUUCGGGAUGAAUAGUGUCUUGCAA